AUGGCAUCCAGCCGAGAUGCUUCCGGCUUUCUGAUCAACCAUGUCAUCUUCCCGGCGAAACUGCCUCAACAUGAAGAAGACUUGGACACAGAGCGAAGUGGGGAACAACUGUUGAUACAACUACUGAACGACACUCUGGAGAACUUUCUUGCAGAGUGCGCACCCGGCCUUCAUGUCAAAUGGAAGCCAGUCUGCUGUGCACUUCAGCACCUGGCCAACGGCUGCACCGACGACGAGGCUUCCCUAAGCUCAGCACUUCGCCGUCUCGAGCCUGCUGAUGCUACAAUCAUUCACGUCAAGGCUCAGAAUGCCGGCCUCUUGCUGUUUCGUCCAGACGCUGAGUCCGUCAUGGCGCAUGCAUUCGAAGCCUCGGCUCAAUCUGAACAUGUCAUGGGAUCCUCUGACCGCCUGACUUGGAGAUUCCCUGGCCAAACCGUCAUCUUCCGAAGCCAUCUCCUCCAUGACAGCGCUUUCGUUGACGAACUAGCAGCAAUGGUGCUACAGAUGAGUGUCGAGUCUGUUGAAUCCUCCAUGCACACCAGGAAGAAGGCCAGCUCCGCCGUAACAGAGGAACGCGAGACUGCCAAUCCCAGGCUCGUCACAGAGGCGCUCAUGGCUAUUCUGAGUGCCUGGGGACAUUCUUGCCAGAGUCCAGACAUUGUCAAGCAUGUCCGCGAUGACGUUAACUGGAGUCAUAGCAGGCUGCCCUGGAGACGCUCUCCUCUAUGGCUCGUUGCCCGUGUUAGCAUUCAGAUACUGCUGUCACACACAUGCACCGCAGAGGAAGUCCGCAUUCAGUACAAGAACUUCAUGGCGUUUUUCGUUGCCAGGCUUUGCAACAACAUCAUCACCGACCCUGUUGAUGCUGACGUGAAGAUGAUAGCUGCUACAAAGGCUGCACGACGCCUUGCGAAGCUCCGAGACGAUGCCUUUCCGUUUGUGGGAGAUGCAGUGCGGCUUGCCGUGGCAAAUGUUCACGCCAAACUAGAUUCUUCCUGGUCAAAGUUCCAGACGCAGGAAUCGCCGUCAAUCCCGAGCUUGCCCACGGAAGCCACCAUCGAUGAUUGCACUCUUCGUUUGGCCAACAGCCGCGACUACCUUCGAUCUGUUGCACUAGGCCAUGAUGAAAAGCCAGAGCCUUCCAACGUUCCCUUGGAAUCUGGGCCCCGCUUAGCGUUCAAGGAGGAUGGCUUGCCUCAGCUGAGAAGGGCUUCAGACUCAACUCAUAACCUCUUCCUUCUCACCGACUUCGAAGUAUGGGUCAUGAACGACCUUCACUCAUGGACGAGUUGUAGGAACGGUACUGAGACGGACUGCGACUCGUUACUCAAUGUGAUGCGUACCUAUGUGGAGAUCGCUCGCGAAGAAUACAAGGACAACCCUCGAUCGCUUUCCGUCAUGCUACUGGCCGCUCUGGAGAUUUGGAAAGCUCUGGAUACAAUUUGCUUGCAGCUAUAUCCGCUAAUGCGGAAGUUUGGCCCCGCAAUCCCGGGAAUCGCUAAUCCACUUCUGCUUCCUCAGAUUCAUCAGAUGAAGUGCCUAGAUCGCAUAGAGAAUCAUCUUGCGAAGCGUUGGAAAGAAUGGGAUCCGAGCAAUCCAUCCAUCCUGGGCCAAUUGUCUGAGCGGUCAUUCUGCUUCCAGUUCUAUGCGCAAUCUCAGCCGCAUCAAGCCAUGCGCAAGAAAAUCAACGAUGAGGCAUCUGAAAGAAGAGUUCGCAAGCGUUCAGAGUGGAUGGACAGAUCAGAGCAUCACAGGGUGCUGUUGCACGAAGCUUCGCGCAUGGAACACACACAAGACAUCAACAAGAGAGGACAGCCUUACUGCAAAAACGGUUGCCCAAAAUGCUCGAAGGAAAAGAAAGCUCAUAAGAUGCGUAUCAACGUGGAUGAGUGGCCACUGCCAGCGGAUGAAGUACAGGCUCGAGCUGCCGUCUUCGAGCUCGAUUGCCCUGCUGGCUUUUCUGCUUGGCGAGAUGCUACGUGGCUCAUCAUCCAGGACCUCGGGCGUACAACAUAUUCACAUGGGCGUCCUGUCCUGCAACCGCUUCAAGAGUAUGGCCCUUUGAUCCCACAUGCAUCUAAUGUAAGAGGCCGGACAAUCACGAUUGCCUCUCAGGCGAAGUCCUUCCUCAAAUCUCACUACAGAGACCAUGCCUUCCCCGUCACUUUUGAGAAAAUCGCAGUCAAUAACGGCUUGCGGUAUGGGCUAGUCGAUAGCAGCAAACUCAAUUGCUGGGUGAUGGAUCAGAUGUCACCACCAAGCUUUGACCAGCAUUGCAUCUCGUUAUUACCCAGCGGACCGUACUCUAAUUUGCAGGACUUUGUGAACAGCACCUCUCGGACGCCGAACGAAAGCCUAGCGGCGCAACAAAAAUGCCACCCUGGAAUCACUUCUCACGAGUUCCUAGCCUUCAGCUCGCUGCGGGCAGGGGAACGCAUCCAGUGGCUGAAUAUCAUACGGGAGCUGGGAUCAGCAGACUUGUCUUUCAAUGCUGCAGAGGUCCAUGUACUCAUUCGGCAAGCAGCCCUGCAAGCGGGAUCGCGUGCUAAGCAUACAGUCCUCAGAGAAGCCCACAUACCUUUUGCGGAUCCCAAUUUCUGUGCUCGGCUAAUCAACCUUCUGGAUGGUCAUCUUUCGAAUAUCACAUCGAACUGGAGAGAACAAAGCCGACUCGCUACUAUCGCCUUGUUGGGGCUUCGGACCUUGACUCUUAGCGUAGACCCAUCGACUGCAGCACUGGCUAUGCAAUUGCUUCGAGGAGUUCGUAAAGUAGCUCUCCGUUGGUGUCGAGACAUUUCCAGCAACGUUGAGAAAUGCAAGACAGAGGCUGAGAGUGGACGGAUGAGAGUGUUUCUUUGCCAGUCCGCCCUGACCUGUCGCAUGACGUACGAUACAGACCAUGGCCGCACCGACUUGGUUUUGGCCGAUCAAUCCGAUGUCGCCGACUUUGUCGAGUCUGCCAUUUACCUCAACGACAAUUAUUCAGCUUACCAGCAGAAUGCCUCCACUGAAAUCCGACAAUCCGUUCUCCUAGACAAGAAGCUCUCACGUCGUGUUUCCUCUCGCCUUAGGGAUCUGAUAAGUGUUUCAGGAUCUGGUAUCAAUGAUGGGAUCAAGAACGCUUAUGAAGUGACCGGUCUUCAUUUAAAUUGGAAGUUGGUGGCAGGCAAAAGGGGCCGGUGGAUGGCCUGCUCUCGAACACUACAACCGAGCGGUGUCGUGCAAUUUUGUCACUAUGAUGUCCUAUCGGGGACGCUCUUGUUAGAUGGACGACGCGUUGGUAGACUGCCAUUGGAGUACAUGAGUGCCCCACUGUACAGUAGGGUGUUCGAUUCCCGCAUCUUGAAUGUUACUCGGUCCCAGCUACCGUGCAUGGAAUACACGGCACUUAAGUCGAUCAAUGGACACCAAGUCCAUCUGGCGAUGAGGCAUGGAGAGCUUCUCAUCAAGGCAGUUGUCGGGGAACGCCAUCUUCGGCUUAUACCCCAUGAGGUAUUGAAGCUCGAUCUGCCUAGAUGCCUGACCGACGGCUUCAUCCAUUGGAUGGAUUUGCGAAGCGGCGAGAUCGAGUUCCGGCCCCUGAAAUCACCCUGGGAUAUUCCCGAAAGGACGUGGAGACUCCAGUUUGAAGGAAACGGGAGCUCGUAUCUGGAAAUUGGUAACAAAAGACUGGUGGACGGAGACUCUAAGCUGGGAAAAGCAGUCCUCAAUAUCCUCCAAGCCUUGGAGUAUCGUCACAACAUCAUCAUCCACUCCACGUCUGGUGGGAUCGAGGCCGAGAUACCACGGAUGCGGUUGACGUUCACGGUAAACGAUGACGGACGCCUAGAAUCGAAACAACUCCGCGGAAUCGUCGAGCCCGAUCAAAGCAUCGGAUGUUUGUUCGGAUUGCGGAACAAGCUCAUCCUUCGGAACAUGGACUUACAUCCCAACAUCCCACACAGAAGCGUUGUUAUACCGUACGGUCCGGUCUCAGUUUCCAGGUCCAGUGACCACAGCCGAGUUACAAUUCAACUCGGCUAUGCGUCAAAAUUACCCUUCAUGCAAUAUCAGGUCGACAUCAGAUUGUCACGUCUACGAAGCCAGCAAGGUGCUCUUAGCAAGCUGUUUCUGGCCUACCUGCAUGCGGUAACUGGCUGGGUGAUGUCUGACCCACUCAGUGGCCAUACCGGCACUCAAGAAGCCUUACGGAUCCUGCGAGAACAAUCUCUGAGGACUUCAGCAUCCAUUAAUGAGGAAGUCGUCCCGUUGCUCAACAUGAUUGCAGAGCUGACUCCUUCGCGGUUCUUCUACCCAAGAGACCUACGCAAAAUGCAAGAGGUCGAAUUUCAGUCAGCUUUGGGUGAACUGGCGCAGCACGAAGAUUUCCACUCCUUGGUUGAGGAUCUGGUGGGCUACGCAUCCCAACUCGAUAUGCUGGAGACAGGACCGAGCCCUGUACUGAUCUUAGAAAGCCGCGGUGACCCGGUCCUUCUACUGAGGGCAGCCAAUCGCAACUCCUGUCUUCGUAACACGCACCUGGGAGAAAAAGAGAGGUGCGACACUGUGUACGUUGCGAGAGAUGGAAAUGGCGAUAGCGCUGAAGCUCGCCGAGUGUACGAGGUCGCCUCUUUGGUUCGGCUAUGGCCAAAAAAGACUGACGUUGCUCGGGACCUUGCUUCGAGGGUGAAACAAUGGGGACAGAUUGAAGGCUACAAUCAGAAGUUGGAUCUAUCCGAACUGACUUGCAGCGACCUCCUGGAGUUCCCUGUUGGCCGAAAAUGGGGCUCGCUGUACGAGCUUUGUCGAGGAUGUGACCGCUCAAUCGACCAGUAUAAACUGGUGCGCCUAUUUGCAAUGGUCGUCUUCGCACAGGCCGAGUCCUUGCCAGAUGUGCGGACGCUUUUGGGUAUUGCCAGUUCCGGAAUGUUCACUGAUAUACAAGCCGCGAAGUCAAGGUACGACCUCACUUUUGGGGUAUUCCCUGAUCACAGUCUACUCCAUUCCACGGUCUCAAAGUACAUGUCAGAACCAGUAAAAGCCAAAAACGAAUCUCAUGAAGAAUGGGAAGGCAGGCUUGCUGCGUUCCGCAUUAAGAUGGAACAGGACGUGCCAUCGAUCGUCAACCACAUUCUAGGACUUUGGCCUUGUGAUGUCCCCGGAGUUCCUCUAUCUCUGGUGAGAAGCAUAGCCCGUCACACGGAAGCCAUGACCGAGUGCGAGGGGUAUUUCACAUCCUGGAAUGACAACCGAAAGUUCAUGAUGCACAUUGCCGGUGUCGAGUCUGAACUUCGGAAGAUUUGGUCCGGACCCGUGGACAUACCGUUGCGGGUACUCCCGAAGAGAUCAAACCUGACGUGCGAAAGGGCAUCGGUCGUUCUAGCACCAGACCUCAUAGGCCUCCUCAGCCAGAGGACUUCUCCAAAGCCACCGAUCAUUCCUUUGCCAAUUCAGGCCAGCCGGCCUAGUCAGCCUGCAAAGCAUUUGCCGGGCCUAGAAGAGCUGGGAGGAAUAAUAGAGAGCAUGAUGGACGAUGAUGAACCAACUCGUACAGCAUACGCAAAGGAUUUGGACGCCAGUCUUUCAUCUCUAAAGCAGGCGAACCUUCCCAAAACCCCCGAGACGAUUCCGCUGCACAAUGACGAGCUUCUUGAUCACCAUGCUGGACUAAAGAAGCAAGUUUCUGCUGCACUUUAUUCAACUAACCUGACAUUGAGACCCAAAGAGCUUUCGGAUACGGUUUUGCACCAUGUCGGAUUAUGGCCUCGCAUCGAUACAGCAUCAUUGCUCGCAUGUCUUUCUGCGCAUCGUCGGAGAUCGGUACCUGGCCAUUGGCAAGACUUCCUCAUCUCAUUCGGCCAGCUGCUGUCCUCGCUCCAGAGACUCGAAAGGCUACUGACCCUUCGUCACCGGAAUGACAUCUUGGGGUUCUACAAGGAAGCGGAAGAGUCAGGUCAUCAGUCGUGGAGCGCUGCUGAAUAUCCUGAUUGGCUUCUCAUUGAGAUCGAAAAUGACUUGACCAUCCGUGAUAUCCAGGCGAAAGUGGCCCGGAAAAUGAUCCAACCCGACGAGCAAAGGAACGCUGUCUUGCAACUCAACAUGGGCGAAGGAAAAUCGUCUGUGAUUGUUCCGAUGGUGAUGACGGCUUUGUCCAACGGCGUCACUGUUGGAAGGCUCGUCGUUCUCAAGCCUCUUCUCAGGCAAACGCUAGAUUUGCUUUCACAACGGCUAGGCGGAUUGGUUGACCGCCGCAUCUUUCACGCACCGUUCACCAGGGAGAACCGACUUGAGGCAUCCCAGGUCACUCAGCUUCGCGCACAUUUUGAGCAAUGUCGAACCGACCAAUGCGUAGUCGUCACUCUACCAGAGCACAUGAUGUCUUUUCGGCUCACGGGGCGCGAACGCCUCCGGACCGAAGCUCAACUGGGAUGGCAAAUCAUCGACCUGGAGAAAUGGCUCAGCGCCACGUGCCGCGACGUUCUUGACGAGAGCGAUGCAAUUCUUGACCCACGCUUCCAGUUGGUGUACUCGAUGGGCAACCAGAGGAUGAUGGACGGCCAGCCUGACAGAUGGGUUCUGACGCAGCGGCUCCUCGCACUCUUUUCGCGUCAAGCCUGCCGCUUGCAAGACGAAGGGUCUCAGGAUGUGGAGGUGGAUUUUCGGGGCCGAGGCUUCCCUGUGAUCACUUUCCGCAAACCUGAAGUUGGCCUCAUCUUAUCGGACCGCGUCGUCGAGGAGAUCGGACGAGGGAGUCUGUUGGGUGUCUCACUUUCGCACUGUUCUGUUGCGGUGCGCAAGGCGGUUCUGGAGUUCAUUCGGGAUCGUUCCGUAUCUGAAAAGACCUUGACGGUGGUGAAGCAGGAGUUCUGGGCUUCAUCGAGUUGGAAAAACUUGCAUCUGCUUCGCGGGCUGAUUGCCAACAACAUCCUGCUCUUUUCCUUCCAGCAGAAACGUUGGCUCGUCAACUACGGACUCGAUCUCUCGCGAUGCAAGAUGGCGGUACCAUACCGAGCGAAGGGUGUCCCAUCAAUCAGUGCUGAAUUCGGCCACCCGGACGUCGCCAUCGUCCUCACAUGUCUGAGUUAUUACUAUAACGGGUUGACCUCCGCGCAACUCAGGCAAGCCUUCGACAACCUCUUUCGCGAAUCCGAUCCAGCCAGCGAAUACGAACUUUGGGCACAGGACUGCCCGAGCUUAUCCAUACGGAGUCUUCACGGAAUCAACUUGGAGGACGAACGCUCAUGGGCUGACAUCAUCUUCCCGCAACUUCGGUUCUCCAAGUCGGCUGUCGACUACUUCAUGACGACCGUGGUGUUCCCGCACGAGGGGAAAGAGUUUCCUACAAAGCUGUCCACCUCGGCGUGGGACAUUCCUUCCGAGAUGCAGCCAAGCACAGGCUUCAGCGGUACCAACGACAACAAGUUCCUCCUGCCGCUAUCUAUCCACCAGAAUGAUCUUCCGCAAUUGCAUCACACGAACGCCAUGGUGGCGAACAUGCUCCUUCAGCGGGAGAACCGACAAUAUUUGGAGGCCAAAGACAUCAGUGGCAAGCGGCUCAACACUGAACGCCUCUUGGAGCUAUUCUGCACCCAAACUCCUGCAGUUACGGUUCUAAUUGACGUCGGAGCUCAGGUACUUGAAGCGAACAAUGAAGAUGUAGCGAAGAAGUGGUUGCAACUUUCUCCCAACGCCGACGCGGCGGUAUUCUUCGACGAGGCCGAUGUGAAGCGUGUUGUGGACCGACAAGGGUUUGUUGAACGGCUAUCGAGCUCCGGAUUUCACCAGAAUCUCGACAGCUGUUUGAUAUACCUGGACGAGGUGCACACCCGCGGCGUGGAUAUCAGCAUGCCAACGCAUGCCCGCGCCGCAGUCACACUUGGGCCAAAGACUACGAAGGAUCGCUUAGUCCAAGCUUGCAUGCGGAUGCGCCAGCUCGGCUGUCACCAGUCCCUCGUGUUCUUUGCUCCCCCAGAGGUGCAUCAAGAGAUCUUCGCCCUCUCAGACAAGCAGCAAGACGCCAAACUGAACUCGCUCGACGUCCUGCGCUGGAGCUUCGAGCAAACGUGCCAAGCAACAAGCUCCAUAAAACCGCUCUGGAUCAUGCAGGGCCUGGAGCACAGCCACCGAAAGCGCCUCUGUGCCCAAUACCUGCAAGGCGAGACCUCGACGCCCUCCAACACAGCCGACUUCAGCUCCCGCCUGGAAGAGCCCGAGGGUCGCACUCUGCAAGAAAUGUACGGCGGCGGCUCCGGUGAAGCCGUCUUCCGCGCCUGCCUCACCGACGCGGAGGCGCGCCGAGACCCAACCGUCCAGCACCUGCUAUCCGAGUGGCACGCCUUCAAACAAGGCCCCAGCCGCGACUGGUCCCUGCAGGAAGAGCAAGAACGCGAAAUCGCGCACGAAGUCGAACAAGAGCGCGAGCUACAGCUGCCGCCCCCAGCCGAGCCCUUCGCGCACACCCUCGACCCCGCCGUGCGCUCCUUCGCCGCCACCGGCACCCUCACCGCCAGCGCCUCCCCCACCGCCGCCAUCCAACCCGCCUUCGCCACCCUCCGCUCCACAACCGCCUUCCCGCACCUCCCGCCCACUUCCGGCCCCGCGCAAGCGCUGCUGUACGCGACCGCCGACUUCGCUGGCACCGUCGCCACCGCGCCCGGCUCUUUCGCCGACGCCUUCCUCCGCCCCGUCAAGUGGAUCCUCUCCCGCAAGCCCGGGAUGGCGUCCUCUUCUGACGCUGACGCGCCGCUCCUCCUCAUCAUCAGCCCCUUCGAGGCCGACGCGCUGCUGCCCGCCAUCCGGCGGAACUCAACGGCGGUGCGGCUGCACGUCUAUUCGCCGAAAACGUCGCGGGCGAUGCGCGACUUCUCGCGGCUGGAUUACUACAACGUGUGCGGUGAGGCUGGGGCGGAGGCGUACGGGGCGGAGGCGUACAGGGCGGACGCGCUGGUGGCGGCGCAGUUGGGGGUGUUUGGGGGGAGUCUAUUUUUCGAGGAGUGGGCGGCGUACAAGGUCGUGGCGGAUUGGUUGGGCAUCGUGACGGAUGCGGAGGGGGUGGUGGAAGGGGUGGUGGUCGGGAGGGAUGGGUUUGUGGGCGAGGAGGGAAGGAGGCGAAUGGGGUGGAGGGUGGAGUCGCCGUUUGGGGAGAGUCCGGUCGGGUUUGUGAAUGCGCUGGUUGGGAUCAGGAGGAAGGGGCAUGUGUAUUCGCAGACGCACUUGGGGCAUUUGCUGGGUGGGAGGGUGUUGACGGAGGAGGGGUUUGGGAGGGUGUGA